GGCCCUGGCUUGUAGAAGAGCGGUGGAAGAAUGGGCUAGAACGAGAGGCAAACUAACUUGAGAGAUGGACUGAGAGGCGUGAGAGCCAGGGAGCGGGGGGCAACGCGGCAUACGAUGAAACACACACACAAGCAGCUGUGGACGUGCAUGUGCAGAGAGAGGCUCGCCGGGAGAUCGCUCCUGCGCGUGUGCGUUCUGCUCACCGCUGUGUGUGUGUGCGUCCACGUUUAUCUGGAGAGGGGCCGGAGGGGCGCACCUGCACAUCUGACCUCGGGACGGCCCAACCGAACCGGUCUGGACAGGGGACAGAACGCCGGGCCGAGACCCGUUUCAUCAGGAGUGAGGGCUGUGGGGGUGGACAGGUCCAUGAAACGGAGGGUGUCCUACGUUCGCACACUGAAGAAGGACAGCCCAGCAGGGAACAGGGGAAGGGACGGAGAGGGCCCCUCACCUGCAUGCUGCCCGCCCCUUCGCCUGCACAGAAAGUCUCCUCGGUGGCAUAUAGACCUGGAGGCGUGGGCCAGUGACAGCCAUUCCCUGGAAGAAGAGGCUAGAAGGUUCCUCAGCUACAUCACCACACCACAGAUGUCGUGUGCAUCCCUGACUGGUGGGGAUAAUAAUGGCGAGGGGAGUUUCAACGGGCCCUGGGCUGUCUGCUUGGACCCAAAGUACAGCCUGAUCAACAGAAUACACACAAGACACUGCAGGGUCUACUCUCUGGGGUUGGGUGUGGACGACAGGUCCCUGGAAAACUCUCUUGCCAGGGUGGGUUGUGAAGUCCACUGCUUCGAUCCCAGCCUGAAGCAGCCCCACCAGCAGCAGGGAGACGUGUGGCUCCAUCGGCUCUCCGUAGACUGGAGAGACCCCAAUCCCGCGAUCAUCGCACAGCACCAGCAUGCCAACACCAAGAAACUGGCCACCAUCCUCAAUGACUUUGGGCACAGACAGAUAGAUGUACUGAAAGCAGACAUGGAGAGUGCAGAGUGGAAGAUUCUGGAGAACUUGGUUCUGGAGGGGGUUCUGGACUCCGUGGGUCAGCUGCUCCUGGAGCUCCACCUCCACUGGGCGGGCUUCGAGGUGGGUGGUGACGACCCCACCGUCGUGCGCUACUGGUUCAGCCUGCUCAAAGAGCUUGAGCGUGCCAACUUCCGGCUCUUCCGCUCCCACAGCGACCCGGCCAAGCCUCACCUAUUCCUGCAUAAGAACAUCCUCAACGCCAGCAGUGUUUAUACCUUGGGCUGGGUCAACACACAGUGGAAUCCCUGAGAG